GCAGCUCACGUGACGUUACCCCCAUGCUUGGAACGUCGGAUAGAGGAAUUUCUGUCGCUUUUUCCUUGAGAAACCGAAAGUUUAAAUGAGAUGAUUUCUCACUGAGACAAACAUGGAGCCACCUGUUCCUCCAGGGCGUCAGAAAUCCCUGGACCAACUCCUGGAACAGGCAAUCGCAGAGCGAUGUCGGGAAGAGGAUCAAGUGGAGGUUACCUACGAAAUGGCGGGAGAUUACACUGACGGCCAGCAACAAGCCAUGCGACUCCAGCCCAGCGAGCACAGAGAUGGAGAAGAAGGGAACGCAGAUGCCAUGGGCUCGGUGCAAACCGAAAAGAAAGUUAUGAGAAACACGAUUCUUUUGAGUGUAUCCAUGAUAUUCAUCCUCAGUGGCUUUUCAACUCUCCAAAGUCUCCAAAGUACGCUGUUUCCCGAAACUGGUCUGCAAUGUUUGAGUGUGGUGUAUGCUUGUACAUUUUCAUCAUUUCUAUAUGCACCAACUCUCGUACAGAAAUUAGGCAUAAAGUCUACCAUCACCUCAAUGUCCAUAGCGGACAUAUUGUACAUAGUCGCAUUUUGCUUCCAUCGUCCAUACCUCUUGAUUGCAAGCGCUGUGUUGCUGGGUUUCAGCUCAGGACCUUUAAUUUACACCCAAAUGACGUAUCUGUUCAAUAAUGUCUCUAGAAUAUCAUUCGUGACACAUGCGAUGAGAGACAAAAUCCAACAACGCUACCUCAAGUUCUUCUUUGUGAUUUCCAAAUCGAACGUUUUCUGGUCGCAUCUUGCGACUGCUGUUAUCACAAGUGCUAUGAACGGCGAACUGGCAACGCAAAGUGACUUUUCAAACUCCACCUUGUAUGACGAUGACACCAAAUCGUGGAGGACUUCUGUAACGUGUCCUGAGGUUUCUUGCAGCCCCAGGCCAAAUGAACUUGAUUUUCCAGUUUUGAAACUUUCAGAGACGAAUAUUGUGCCAACGUUCACCCUCAAAAUUUUGAUGUAUGUUUUUGCGUGUAGUAUCCUUCUGGCAGUUUUGGUGAUCGUCUUCUUCGUUGAACAACUUGAUAUUCUACAGCAACAAGACCCAUUGGAACGACCUUUGAUAUACUUGACUCUCAGACAGAUACGAUUGGUUUUGGUGGAUAAACACAUACGACUUGCUCUUCCUCUAAUUAUUUUUAUAGGAAUUGAGCAAGCGUAUAUUUUUGGAGAUUUUACAAAAUCCUUCGUAAGCUGCUCACUAGGCUUACAGUCUGUGGUCUUGACAAUGGCGUGCGAGGGAGCAGCCAACACUCUAGGAUGUGUGGGGGUUCACCUGUUCCAGCAGCAUAUUCAGCGCCCUCUCAUUAUGGCGGGAGGCAUUGUCUGUCAAGCUGGAUUGCUCACUGUACUGUGGCUCUGGACGCCCCUUAAAGAUGAUGCGGCAGUUUUUUACGUCAUCGCCGGAGGAUGGGGGCUCUGCCACGCCAUCUGGGAGACACUCACGACUACCUACUUGGCAUCUACUUAUGCUGAAGACUGGCCAAUUCCCUUCUGUGCAUAUUAUCAGUUGCAGUGCAUUGGAUCGGCAUUUGUGUUUGCUAUCUCAUCUUACUUGUGUUCCGAAAUUAAGGUUUGCUUGCUUGCUGCUGCCCUUGCUCUAGCCCUGGUCCCGUAUACUGCUCUGGAAUUCCGUAUUCAUCAAAGAAGCAGGACACAAACCAAUACCACAGCUCUCUAAGUGCACGUUGGAAGGAACUCUAUAAAAGGAACAAGAAAAUACAGGGUGUUCCAAAAAUGACUGAUACAUUUGAAAAAUCAAUAAAAACUAA